UGUGCUUCAGCUGCUUCACAAGGCACAAUCAAGCCGCUGUCACCACAAGCUCUGCUGAGCUACGUCAGUCUGGCUUCUGUACAACUCCCAGAGGACAUCCUUAUUCCCUAAUAAGUAUAUAACAUUUUGUAUAUUGAUUGGUAUACAUAUUUGUUUUGGUACUGAGUGUCUUCUUUAAUUUUGUUCAACACGAGGAUCAAUAACUGAUGGUUUUAAAAAAAAAAAAAAUCAACAAGUGAAAGGAGCGAGAUCUGAUAAACAGGGUUAACCUUGAUCUCUUAUCCAAACUCCACGCUUACAGUCAUUUGCAGCUUUCUCCAAAGUGUUGCUUCUGACACUAGAAGAUUUUAGCUGAAGGAAACAGAUGUGAAACUUGGUUUACCAAAUCCUUAUUUGUGAAUUGGAAAAAAAAAGACUGGAUACGAUUCAUGACUUCGCAUUCGGUUUGCAGUUGUGGUGCUAACUGCGUGUAUUAUAUGAAAUCAUAUGGAAGGUGCUUGUGUUUUUUUUAAUCUGCACUCCUUACUUUUUUGCCUUCAACUUUUUGAGACUUGCACAACAAUUGCAGUUCACAACUUAUUCUGAUCACUGUAUCUGACUUUUAAUGGAGGAUAUUUAUUAGUUUUAACACAAGCUGCAUCGAUCCACAUAUUUCCAUAGUAUGUUUCUUCUUACUGUUAGCCGAUACUAGAAUCUACUAGCCCGUGGUGCCCUAGCUUCGGUCAUUGAGCCCAGCACCACACUCUGCUUUGGGAACUUGCCCAACCAAACUUGUGCGGGGUUCCAUGUAAGCCCAGCGUGCUGGAGGAGUGUCAGCGGAUCAGCUGCUGCAAGAGAUCACACAGCAGGAACUGUGCGGACUGAUCAUGGCGAAAUGGUUGAAUAAAUAUUUCAGCCUGGGUAACAAUAAUAACAAUAAAACCAAGAGCCCUCCACAGCCCCCCAGACCUGAUUACAAGAGGAACGGGGGAACCGAGCGAUCUUUCCACCUGCCGCAGCAGCAGUUUACCCAGUAUCACCACCACACAUCCCCCCUACCCGGACACUGCAGAGAGGAGAGCGACCUUAUUAAAGCUUACCGUGCACAGAAGGAGAGAGAUUUCGAGGAUCCUUACAAUGGACCCGGUUCGUCUCUCCGCAAGCUGCGGGCUAUGUGCAUGGAGGAACAGCAAGCGGAGGGCAGGAGGGGAGGAAGCAGGGCGCCUGGAUGCAGCAGUAGCACCAACCUGUUUCAGGAGCACUGCCCAGGCUCAAGCACGAACACAACCUCUUCUUCCUCGUCUUCAUCCUCCUCUCCGCACCUGUACCGUAGUAAUAGCGAACGGAGGCCAACAGGGACCAGGAAACAACAACAGCUGGCAGGGGGGUCGGACCUCAAAUAUAUUGUGUCCCCCAAGCACCGACUCAUCAAGAUAGACAGUGGCACUGGAUGGGGGGACACUGGGAGUGGCACUGCUGCCGGGGGAACGGGCACGGGGGGCAUCACCUGGAGCCCAGCAGUCGCUAGUACCAAGACCGAGGAGCAGAGCAACCCUGCGGGAAAGAAGGAUAAGCUUCAAAUAGCUGAUGAUUACUCUGAUCCAUUUGAUGCCAAAAAUGAACAAAAGAACAAAGGAAUAAUUCCAGAGAACAAUGGCUACAUGGAACCUUAUGAAGCCCAGCGAUUGAUGACAGAUAUUCAGAAGCAAGAAAGUCAGAAAUCAUCACCGAAAAAUAUUCAACUGUACGACACACCGUAUGAGCCAGAAUGUAAUGGGGUAGAGUCCGACUCCGAGAGCUUAGUCGGCAUGCGCUUACGAGAGAGCAAGCUACCCCAAGAUGACGACCGACCAGCUGAUGAAUAUGACCAGCCCUGGGAAUGGAACAAAGCUUUGCCGGCCCUGGCAGCCCAGUUCAAUGGUAGCGAAAAACGUCAAUCUUCUCCAUCGCCAUCAAGCGACAGGCGACGACAGCUAAGAGCGCCUGGUGGAGGAUUCAAACCAAUAAAACACGGAAGCCCUGAGCUUUGUGGAAUCCUGGGAGAGCGAGUAGAUCCAAAUGUUGCACUGGAGAAACAAAUAUGGUAUCAUGGAGCUAUCAGCAGGACAGAUGCAGAGAACCUACUUAGGCUGUGCAAAGAAUGCAGCUAUCUUGUGCGAAAUAGUCAGACGAGUAAGCAUGACUAUUCUCUCUCUCUAAAGAGCAGCCAAGGAUUCAUGCACAUGAAACUGUCGAAAACCAAAGAGAAGUACAUACUGGGUCAAAACAGCCCUCCUUUUGACAGCGUCCCUGAAGUCAUCCAUUUCUAUACCACUAGAAAACUCCCAAUUAAAGGAGCUGAACAUUUAUCACUUCUUUACCCUGUAGCUGUGCGGACCCUGUAGACUGCAGCAGGACUGAUCUACCCCCUUCCUGUGGACAGGGGGCUUUGGAGAGGCGUUGGGGCCAGCUCAGCUGCACUAUAACACAGCAGGGUACUUGCUACACAGAGCUAUUCAAGCACUGACAAUUUGAAAUCUGAAUAACAAGCUUGGAUGGAGAGACCCAUCGGCUGUAUCGCAUUCAAAAUAUGUACAAUGUUGCACUAUGGCAUUUAAUAAGAACACUGCUUCGGUUUUGAAUAUGUUCACUGGGGAUUCAGACAUUUCAUACCUAAAGCAGUUCUGGCAGUCUAGGGAGUGACUUAAAAUAUAAAGCUUGUACGGACUGAAAUGUGAAUAUCAUGUGGAAUAUGAGAACAUUACAGUGUGAAGCCGUACAGAAUACUGCAAAACGUUCUUUGUUCCGCUUCUUUUGCCGCAAGAAUUUGGACAUUGGUUUGUUUAUUAUAUUGUUAAUCAAAACAUUCACCUCCUGUUGUUUAAAUGAUAUAAAAUAUUUUUCUUUGUGUGUGUGGAAAUGUUGCAAACAUGUCAAAACUAGAUGUUAAGCAUUCAGUUAAAGUUGUGUAAUUAACCCUUUAACUGCUAAAGAAAACUACAAUGCUACGAUUUCUAAUGUUGUACCUCUCUCUGGCAGCCAAAGGGAUAAAGGGCCUACUUAUUUAUUUAUGAAAAAGAAAACACGGAGAUCCGGAAUUAUUUGUGGCUAUUCUGUCUAAGUAUAUCAACCCACUUCUCACUUCUGAAAGAAUUUUUGAAAUAAACAUUGCUUCUUCAAGACAAAAAAAAAGAAGCUUUACAGCAAAUUCCGUGAGGAUACUUAAUGCCAAUAUAUUUUUCACAACAUUUCCCCCGCCCCCCCCGAAGUAUCAACAUUUUACUCUCUAAAAAGCAAUGCAUCUUUUUGUAUCAAAGGAAAAUGAUGCUUUCAGUUAAUAAUGGCUAUUCCCAGCAAAGAUCACUCAAUUACCGUGUGUGUAUGUGUGAAAUGUAAUACUUUCCAUGUAGCAGUCUUCACCAACAUCCUCUGGUGAAUUUCAAGCUAAACAUUUUCGUUGGUACCUGUGAGAAUCAGCAAGUCAAGCCUAUAUAAAGUAGGCCGCAGCCUGCUCUUGCAACACAGCUAGUAAAAAUUUACAGUUGGAGCAAUACUUUCUUCUUUUCUUAUUUCUAAUUUACAAACAUGUAAUUUGCCAUAGCAAGGUUUGGUUGAGUUAUUUAUGAAUAGGGUAUGUAAAUAAAAAAAUAAAAAAAGCAGUUUAAUAUAUAAGUAUAUUUUUAAUGCCCCCUUUUUGGUACAAAGAAAAAAAAAAAGAAGUUGUGCACCUUUUUACAGUAUGAGGCCUUAAAAGGCAGAGUUAAUGUUUUGUGUUUGUACAGUGUGACUGUUAAGUAGUGGAAGGCGUUACUCGAAUGUUAUAGGCUGGAAAAAAAAUUCAGGGUAUUGUUGUUUUCAACUGUUUGUUGGUGAAGCCUGUUUUUUUCUCUCUUUGUUUAGCAAAAAAAAAAAGUUACAGUAUUAGGGGUUCCAGUCUUAUCUCUAAUAAACUUCUUGUGUCUGCAAAA